CGAAAAUUUUGGGAGGUUUUUCGCGAGGAAGGAAAGGGAAAUCCUUCGAGGAAGGCGAUUGAUUUUGCUCUCAUCAGCGGCGGCGAUUGAAGACGGCUGCGCUAGCUCCUCCGUCGACGGCGGAAACCCCAAUAAUUUCAGCAGUGUGAUUUCCCACUUCUCAUCGCAAUGUUGUGGGCAAGUAUAAGGAGGAAAGUUGUAGAUUCGGGAGUAAACGCUUCCAUCGGCCGCGGCUUUACUGAUUUUGGUACUUAUGCUAGAGGGAGUCCAGUCUGUUCAUGGCCAUCAAGCAGAGACUCGUCGGGUUAUGGACGGAGUCGGUUGUUUUCUUCGGCAGCAGAAGCAUCAUCAACUAGAAGUGAAACCCAGGUACCUGUGGCGAGGGCAAUGUGGAAGGGUCCGUUCGUGGAUGCUUUCCUAUUGAAAUUGAAGAACAAGGGAGCGCCACUCAACAACAGGAAGAUCUGGUCUAGGAGGUCGGUCAUAUUGCCGGAGUUUUUGAACUCCACCGUCAGGAUAUACAAUGGGAAGUCGUUCGUUCGUUGCAAGAUCACCGAGGCCAAGGUGGGCCACAAGUUUGGGGAGUUUGCUCUGACGCGAAGGAGGAAGUUCAGAGGAAGCGAUGGCAAAGGGGGUAAGACUAAGACCCUUAAGAAGGGUGGCAAGAAGUAGUAGUCAUAACGGGCUACUCAUCUUUUGCUCGUCUGCUACUACAACCUUAGGAAUUUGCAGAUGGAGCUUUACAAUAAUGAAAGAUUUUGAGAUGUGAUUGGGAAAAUGUGGGAUCUGUUGCGGCAUUGGUUUCUUAAUUUUUGAAGUCCGUGCUUCUAAAAAUGUAUAAUUUGAUUUGAUUUCGAUCAAAUCAGUAAAAGUUUGGACCAUCAAAUGUAUCACAUGAACUUUCCAUUAGGUUUCUUACCAUCCUUUCUCUCAUGCUAUUCGAUCCAACCCUAUCGGACCACUGCCCACCGGUUAUUCGGGCAGGGCAAACUCGAACAAUCGAACAUGAAAUGAAGUUUCCUAGAGAUUUGGAACUCUGAUGUGC